AUGAUGUCACCCAAAAACAAGGCGAAGAAGAAACCACCCAAAGACAGCAUGACGCUGCUGCCCUGCUUCUACUUUGUAGAGCUCCCCAUAGUUUUGUCAUCUCUAGUGUCGCUGUAUUUCCUGGAGCUGACGGACGUGUUGUCCCCGGCAAUGGUGGGGUUCCGUUGCCAUGACCGCGAUCUCUCCAUGCCCUACGUAGAGACGGGAGAUGAGCUGAUUCCUCUACUGAUGCUGCUAAGCCUGGCCUUUGCUGGGCCUGCCGCCUCGAUCAUGAUAGGGGAGGGGCUGAUGUACUGCAUGCAGUCCAGACUGAAGCUCCGCCCCAAAACAGAGAGCAGCAUCAACGCGGGCGGCUGCAACUUCAACUCUUUCCUGCGACGAACCGUUCGCUUUGUGGGUGUUCAUGUGUUCGGUCUCCUGGCGACGGCCCUGGUGACAGAUGUGAUCCAGUUGGCUACUGGUUACCACGCCCCUUUCUUCCUCACCGUCUGCCAGCCCAAUUACACGGCAGCGGGAGUGUCAUGCGACCAGAACACUUACAUCACCCAGGAUAUCUGCUCUGGAAAGGACCAGUACGCCAUCAUGUCCGCCAGGAAAACGUUCCCAUCCCAGCAUGCAACACUCUCUGGCUUCGCUGCUGUGUAUAUUUCCAUGUACUUCAAUGCCAGUAUCAGUGGCAGCACUAAGCUGUUGAAGCCGUUGCUGGUGUUUGGCUUCUGUAUGGCUGCCGCUCUGUCUGGCCUCACCCAGAUCACCCAGCACCGCAGUCACCCUAUAGACGUAUACAUGGGCUACGUCAUAGGAGCAGGCAUCGGAGUCUAUCUGGCUCUGUACGCGGUGGGGAACUUCAAGGCGUCGGAGGAGGACUGCCCCUCCCAGCCGUCGCGGGCGUCGUCCAGCCAGCCGAAGGACCCGCUGCGCCUGCUGACCCAGCGCAGCCACGACUCCCUCUACAGGAAGAACGGCCGCUCGUCCGAGAGCCGCGAGGAGCUGGGCGCGGCGCUGGGUGGCUCGGGGGGCCGCAGCAAGGCGCGGCGGGAGAAGGCAUCCCUGGCGUCCCUGAAGCGCGCCAGCGCCGACGUGGAGCUGCUGGCGCCCCGCGGCCCCAUGGGAAAGGAGACCAUGGUGACGUUCAGCAACACCCUGCCCCGGGUGGCCAACGGCAACAGCCCUGCCUCCCCCUCGGAGGAGCCGGCCACCCAGCGUCACAUGACCUUCCACGUCCCGUUCGACCCCCAGAGGUCCCGCCAGCUGGUGUCGGAGUGGAAGCAGCGCUCGCUGGAGCUGCGCAGCCAGAGCCUGAGGGACCAGGACGACGAGGAUGAGGGGGGGUCGGAGGGGGGCGGGGCCGGGGAGGGGGGCCAGGAGGGGGCGGGGGGCGGGGUGGAGGGGGAGCAGGGCAUGCCCACAUCCCUCUACCCCACCAUCCAAGCCAGCCGGGGCCAGGCGGUCGCCACACCGACGGUGGGCGGGACCAGGGUGGUGGUGGCCCCUCCCCUCGUCCACAUCCCCGAAGAGGCGUCCCGCCCCCCGCCGGUCUCUCCGAAGAGCGCUAAGACCAGAGCGAAGUGGCUGUCGCUCACCGAGGGGGGAGGGCCCCGGGAGGGAGGGCCCAGAGAGGGGCCCAUCGCCGUGACGACCCCACGGGUGCCGACCACACUCCCGAGUCAGCUGCCCAAUCAGCCUCGAGUGAUGCAGGUGAUCGCCAUGUCCAAGCAGUCCGGCCACGGACCAAUCGCGUCCUCGGCCAAGACUUCGGAGACUGCCUCUUCCUGUGGGGGCGGGUCCUCGAACGGGUCGGAAUCUCCGUAUUACCGGAUCCCCUCCGACCGCGACAGCUGCAGUGGCAGCAACCCUGGCAGCAUUAGCGGCAGCGUUACCGGGAGCGGCAGCAUUGUCACGAUUGACGCCCAUGCCCCCCACCACCCGGUGGUGCGCGUGUCGGCCAGUAACGGGAAGCCCUGGGAGUGGCGGAACACGGUGAGCGGGAGCAUGAUGAGCGGCGACGCCCAGGACCACCAGAGGGGGGCACUGCAGCGGCAGGACAACAUCAGCCGAGAAUACCGGGAAUACCGGACCCUGUCGUCCGUCAAGACCGACUCCCUCGGCUCCUCUUCCUCGCCCGGCGACCCUUCCCCCCUCCCUCCGCCGCCCCACCCAGACCUCCUGUUGGACAGUCACUCCCACGGCCUCUCCCGCGCCUCAACCCUCCCCCGCCGGCCCCCUGCCUCCGUCCACAGCCACGCCGAGCAGGAACACUACUACAAGACCAUGCAGAGCGAGCGGAGGUUGUAAACACGACGACCACGGCACAUCAUCCUCAUGAACCGCCAGAUAAGACAAAACCAGACCGAAACACGGACAUAGACACCCUUGGGAGGCAGCGCAAAACCAGUUGAAUGAGAAGAGUUUCUAACAGUGGGGAUACUAAAUGGUCACCAGUCGGGCAGCCAUUUUUGUUAUGUAUAGUGUCGGGGGAGGGAGGGGAUUGUACAUUGCCAUGAGAGGUGGAGAUGCAAGUGCACAGUUGGCCAUCCGGGGGAGUUGGAUGAGAGUGAGAGGAACCAGGUAGUGAUAGAAGGUGUACAUACUGUAGAGAUGUUUAUACGGACAGGAGACAGAGGUCCCUGGGAUGUGUCUCUGCUCCCACACGCACACGCAGACACACACACACCACACACACACACAACACACACACAUGCACACAACACCACCUCUCCAAUUUCCCUUCUACUGUGGCCUUUUUCUGCACCUCAGUGGACCUGACGACAACUGAACUGGGAAGGAAAAGAAGAAGGGAAGGGAAGAGGAUUUAAAAAGGGGAAAUGAGAGAAAGAGGGAGAGAUUAAAAAAAGGGGGAGUUGAGGGAGAAACAAACGACUCGAGCACUUGGGCUCGGCACCUCCUCCUCUGCGUCUGGGAGCUGCGAAAACUGAGAUGAAAGCAGGAGUGUGACAGAGGACGGAGGGAGGGCGCGAUGGGAACAACUCCCAGAUCGUCGUGGGUUCCCUUUCCCUCCACCACAGACACUGGGCCUCCAGGACUGACUGAGGGGGGCUGACAGGCUGUCCUGAAUGGGAGAUUGGGUCAUCGAGGAGGGUCGGGGGACCAGUGGAGGUACCAGGAGCUCUUUGGCUCCGGAGCCUCAACUCUCAGCUCCUCUGACUGAGGAGGCAGAACGCUGGAGCUCUCGGAACACGCCAGGAACAUGCCAGGAACACGCCAGGAACACGCCAUAAGCACGCCGCAAAACUUUGUAGUGUGUGUGGGUGCGUGUGAGUGUGGGAGAUCACAACUUC